AGGCGCCCGCUAGGUGGUGCCUGGCUGGGCUCGACUCCGCCCGCCUCCCCACUCACUGGGAACUAAUACCCGGCGCCGCUCCGACAUGUCUAUUCCCGCCACUCCGACCAGGUCUCACCUCGCUCCUGGGCAGCUGCGCGGAGAACUGGGGCUCACCAUCAUGGAUGCUCUAUCAGAAGCAAAUGGCACAUUUGCAUUAAAUCUUUUGAAAAAGCUAGGGGAAAACAACUCAAACAACUUAUUUUUUUCACCCUUGAGCAUGUCGUCAGCCUUGGCCAUGGUUUUCAUGGGGGCAAAGGGAAAUAUCGCAGCUCAGAUGUCUCAGGGUUUUACAGAUUCCUGUGGGAAAUUCUACCAAGCAACGAUAAAACAGCUAGACUUUGUGAAUGAUACAGAGAAGUCCACAACAUGUGUAAACUCCUGGGUUGCUGAUAAGACUAAAGGUAAAAUUACAGAGGUGCUGUCUCCACAUUCAGUUCGCUCACUGACUAAGCUGAUUCUCGUGAAUGCCAUCUACUUCAAAGGAAGCUGGGAUAGUCCGUUUGGAAAACACAGAACAAGGGAAAUGCCUUUUAAAAUCAGCAAGAGCGAAGAAAAACCUGUGCAAAUGAUGUUUCAGAAAUCUACUUUUCAAAUGACCUAUGCAAAGUAAAUAUUAACUAAAAUUUUACUGCUUCCUUAUGUUGGAGAGGAGCUGAAUAUGAUCAUCAUGCUUCCAGAUGAAAACACUGAUUGGAAAACAGUAAUGAGUGUCCAAAGUGGAAAAAGAACUUUCUUAUGAGAGAUUCAUAGAAUGGACAACACCACACAAGAUGUUUGAAGAAAAGGUGGAAGUUUUCCUUCCUAGAUUUAAACUGGAGGAAAAUUACAACAUGGAAGAUGUCCUUCGCAGUAUGGGCAUGGUUGACACCUUUGAAGAGGGCAGGUCAGACUUCUCAGGAAUGUCGUCUAAGAAGGAUCUGUACUUGUCCAAGGUCAUGCACAAGUCCUUUGUGGAGGUCAAUGAGGAAGGCACAGAAGCAGCAGCAGCUACCACCUUAGAAAUAACUCCCUUGUGUGCCAAAUACCCCCUCAGCUUCUGUGCAGACCAUCCCUUCCUUUUCUUCAUCCAGCACAGAGAAACCAUUGGUAUUCUCUUCUGUGGCCGGUUUUCUUCUCCAUAAGGAAACAGUAGUCAUUGAAUCUAGUCCGUCUCUUUUCUCUAACUGACCUACUUUUUCUCUACACUUCAUAGUGUGCCUACAAACCCAGAAUGACUUUAUUAUUGCAGUGGUCAAAAAUGAGAUAUUAGGAGCCUAAUUUUGAAAUUUCUUGUUCAGAACCCUUCUGUGUAUGUUUGUAGGUUAAAUGUUUUCUAAAGUUGGAAGUUGACAUUCUCCAAGGAUCUUGUGGUCACUUGGGCAGUGAUAUCUCUAACCAUUCAGCCAAACCACUCUGCUUGGAACUAGCUAUCUCCCUCUCCUUUGUUGCUACUUUUCUUCUCUGCUGAACAGUAUUGACAUACAGACCCACUUUUAAUGAGAUAAUGGAGAGUGAAACGGAGAAUGGGUAGGAGAUGUGGGCAGCAUGUCUCAGAAAUCCAUAGAAGCAACCUCUAGUCGAACUUUACCAGCAAUUCUGAGGCCAGCACAGAGGGUGAGAGAGCAGUUAACUCAGACCAGUGAGAAAUCAGUCCAAUUUCCUGUGUGUUUCUGCCUUAUUUGUAGUUUGCAUUCAUAGGGAUCAGUGGGUCACAAACCUGUUCAAACAUGCAACUAUUCACUUUCUCUGAAAAUUUACAAUUGUUAUCAGCAGGCAGAGAGGAGUAGGUAAUGUUCUAUUCACAGUUUGAGACAGCUUCAUGAGUAUACAAUACAUGUCUUUCUAUUUUAUUUCAAAUAUUUUUUGAAAGACACCUCAGGUUUCUGUAGCCAUUUGUAUUACAGGCUUGAAAUGAAAUUGCAGUGUUCAGUGAUAAGAGAACACAGUCAGAUUGAAGAGGGAGAUUGGUACUGUUUUCUAGGGGACAGCAAAAAGGACUUAUUCCAUCAACACCUUUGCAGUCAGAAGAAACUUGGGCAGCCCCUUAUUUCACUGACACCACUCAUAUUUUCAUUCCACAGCUGGUUCACUUUUCCCUUUUGGCCCAAGCCAGCCAAUUAGCUGUAGGGAGGGAACGGGACUGAGGAGUACAAGGAAACAUCCACUUUGUAUGCGGGCUGAGAGAGGGAAGAGGGAGUAUCAGAGAUUGCAGGGUUUGUCUUUCUCAUUCUUCUGCCUCUUCUGCCCAACAGUUGCACUUGGAAAGAGUAAUCCUAGGUGGGGAAUAAUGAGUUAAUGUGAUUCUUUCACUGCAGAGAGAGCUUCUGAGUGUUACAGCCAGGGGCAAUAGGCUGGCACCCUGUUCCUUAUGGAAAGGCAUGCCUUCUUGCACAGCCUUGCAGGAAGUCCAGUUAAGUAGGUUAGGAGUUGGGAGCUGGAAGUGUAAAUGGAGUAGCUUCCUACCAUCCAUGCAUGUGGGAAUGUGUUUUUAUUUUAUUUUAUUUUAUUUUUUUGACGGAGUCUCACUCUGUCACCAGGCUGGAGUGCAGUGGCACAAUUUCGGCUCACUGCAACCUCCGGUUCCUAGGUUCGAGCAAUUCUCCUGCCUUAGCCUCCCCAGUAGCUGGGAAUAUAGGCGUGUGCCACCACGCCCAGCUAAUUUUUGUAUUUUUAGUAGAGAGGGGUUUUUACCAUGUUGGCCAGGCUGGUCUCGAACUCCUGACCUUGUGAUCCACCUGCCUCAGCCUCCCAAAGUGCUGGGAUUACAGGCAUGAGCCACUGCACCUGGCCAGGAAUGUGUUUUUUAAAUCGUUCCUGGGAUGAGUAUAUUCAGAUCCUAUCAAUAGUGAAUUAUAGUUAACGAUAUUGGUUUGAUCUGUUAUAGACCUAUAAUACAAUCAGACUUUAGCCAUUGUAAGUCACAAUACGUAAAAGGUAAUAAUAUGCAUAUUGGCCAAGAGGAUCUUGUAAAAUUAUGUUUGUCAUAUUCUCUUUGAAGAGUUAUCAUUCAAUAUUUUAUUUCUGUCUUGUAAGGUCUGAAACCCCAUGUGCUGCUUUGAUGUCUAUGGGCUUGUCAGGGCCUCAGAGGCCUGGCCAUGCAGUCCCCUGCUCUUGUCAGAUAUGUGCACCCUAUUCACCCACUGAGCGAGCAGGAAGGCUCCUCGCCCUUCUAAGUUCCCCUAUCAGCCAGUCAACUGUACCCCACCUGGGUCUCAACCUGGCUCACUUUCCUGCUGGCCCGGAAACUUAUUCAACAAGCCUGUCACAUCUGGAGGAUCCAGGAAUUGCCUCUUCCUCUUGUUACUAUAAAGCCUGCCUUCCACAGCCCCUACUGGUUCACUCUAUUCCCAAAUGCAACUCUCCUGUGACCCUGCAUGGCAUGUGGUGACCUCUCUCCCUGAGCUGUGAGCAGAUGAGACUAAUAAACUGCUGCCAAUUUCAUC